AUGCAUGCCGCCCCGACGCUGCUGCCCAAGAAGGACAAGUAUGAACUCUUGCGGGCGAAGUACGACUGGAGCUCGCCCUUCCCACCGCGGGGCUACCAGUUCGGCGUUGGGCGGGGCGCCAAGCCGUUCUCCACGUCCGCGGAGUUGAGUUCUGCCGUCGGCGCCACCGCCGCCCCGUUUUUGCUCUCGACACCCGAGACAAGUGGACUGCUGGAUGCGUUAGAUCGCCUCGAGGACAGGCGACAGAAGCGCCGACGGGAGGAUGCGAAGGGCGGGACUCCCCGCCGUGCGGCCGCCACGGCGCACGAGGCCGCGAAGCCGAAGGCGCUGCUCUCCAUGGACGACCUCGCCACGGUUGGCAGCGGUGUGGCGGGGCAGUCGCUGGUGAAGCGAAAGGCACGCACGGAGGACAUGGACGUGGUGGACGACCACGCAUUUGCGGACGAGACGUCGGUGGUGACGGCGGGGGACUUGCUUCGCAGCCAGGCUUUCACCACCCAUCAAACGCUGGAAAACAUUCUUGGAAUGGGCUCACCAACGGAGCAAACGACGUGGAUUACGCACUCGCGUGCAUUUCGUGAGAUGGGGAUGGCAAAAAAGGCACAUCAGACGCUAGUAGAGGGUUGUAGACUUACUGGAGCCAAAGGGCCAUUUAUCUGGAAGGAGCGGUUGGAGUACACGAAGGACCCGGCAGCGCAGCGACAGCUCCUUGAAGAGGCCGUAGCUGCCUGUUCCGGGUGUGAGGAGUUGUGGUUGCUGUUACUAGAGCAUGAACCUCCCCACGAGCAACUGCACUGGCUGCAGCAGGCCGUCAUGGUGUGCCCCUCAAGUGAGAAGCUCUGGCUCCGCGUCCUGCGGCACAUUCCUGCGCCACGGGAUCAAAAGAAGAUUAUCCGCAAGGCACUUGAAGUCACCCCACAGCUCCCUUCUCUUUGGGCGAUGUUGGCAAGAUUAGAGUCCUACGAGACGGGAAAAGCCAUGUUUAACGCGGCUGCGGCCGAGCAUCUCUCACUCCAGAUUAUUAUUGAGGCAGCCAAGUUUGAGGAAUUUCACUUGCAUGCACGCGUGAGGGAUGGAGAUGGGACGCGAGAAGAGGGUUUGCAAGGGUUGGGCAAUGAACGCAUUCAAUACUUCGUGCGCCAGGCGGCAGGGCGUUUUCUGAAGGUGGACGAGGAAAAAUCACGGCGAGAGUGGCUUGAGGCGGCGCGCGCCUCCGCCUUUGAGCGGUACAUCUUGACUUCGGCGUACAUGUACUUGCACUUUGUUUCCGACAGGACGGCGGCCGCGCUCUCGGUGCCCGCCACUUGGAUCGAGGACCUCAUGGCGCUGCUCCCAGGCGCGUGGCAGACGCACGAGACACUCUGCGCCACAUGGGCGGCGAUGCUCAUUCUCCACGAGGCCCGCAGUAAGGCGGCGCAGGGCGGCGCCGGCGUCAUGGAAAAGGAGGUUGAGGUCAUGACUGCCGCGGUGCGCCUGGCCCCGCCCGUGGCGAUUGACGCUGCUCUGUCGGCGCUGGCAAAUCACCUCCCUCGUCCCAAUGCAUUCGUCGUGACGGGCACUACGGCGGAGGAAGUCGAGGAGGAGGAGGAACUUGAUCGACCGGGGGCGACGCCCUUGGCCUUGUCGCCGGCAAAUGGCGCCACCACUUCGGCCACCGCGGCUUCAGACAGUCUUCCGUUGCCACUGACAUGUGUUUUUCUUCCGACGCUGCUGCUAACGCCGUCGCUUGCCACGGUGGAGGUGACUAUUCGCGUCGCCAAGGUAUUGUACGAUCGCAGGCUAUAUGAGGGAGCCUUGCACGUUCUACAGCUUGGCCUUUGGCGGCACCCCACAAUCACCUCCCUCUUUGCAGCCACAGCCAAAGCAUUGGUGGCACUUGGCCGUGAGGCGGAAGCCGUGGAGCUGCUCUUGCGAGGCACGGAACUUGUGGCGGCGGAUAGCGACAUUGUGUGGGUGAAGUUUGCCGUGCACCAGCGCAGUAAGCAGGAGAACAUUUUGCCACUCCUUGAGAAGGCCCUGAGCGUGUUUCCCAGGUCCGAAAAGCUCUGGCUGAUGCGGUUGGAGGCGGAGGGUGCACGGAUGAAGAGGCUGCUGGACGACGCGGCGAUGCGAGGCGUCAACACGUCAGCCUUUAUCGCUGAGCUGCGUCAAAUCUACACGAAAGCCCUUGGACUGGCGCACUGUCGUUUCUCCCCCACCGUGUGGUGUUACGCGGCUGAGCAGCUAGAGUCCACUUUGUUGAGCAAUGCCAGUGCCGCCCGGGCCCUGCUGCUCGAGGGCGUUGUCGUGUGCGGGCGACAUGAACCGAGUAAGAAGGCGGAAAUUCAUGCCGCCUUUGGCCUUGCAAGAUGCCACGUGGAACGAACGCAUGGGGGUCGUGAAACAGCACUGGAAGUUGUGAAGGAAACGUUGCAGCUGCUGCCUAAAAAGAAUGGCUCCUUCACUGUUCCUGUGGGAGAGUUGGUGUCGCUCUCCAUUGACCUUGAGGCACCUGCAGCGCGGGGUCGUGCGGCGGCACAGGCGGUGCAGCACUGGAAAGUGCGGCAUCCCCUAGUGAUCAGCUCCAUUGCGAAGGUGUACCAUGCGGCUGGCAAGUGCGACAAGGCGUUGGAUCAGGCAACGAAGGCGGUAAAACUGAGUCAAGGGCGUUGCGGUGAUGCCGUGGCCUUGUGGCUGAAGCUUGCCGCCCUGCCUGCGUAUAGGCGUCUAGUGAGGUCGCUCAUGGGAGUAACUGACGAGGCCGAGUUGGCUAACACGGAGGAGCCCGUGCCUAUGAGUCUGCUGUUGCCAUGGCUGUGGGGCCAGGUUGCGGCGGACGGCGAUGAUACCGCGCAAGCGAGUGAUGCGGACAGCAGGGAAUCUUACACGCCGAAAAUUAACAGUGGUCCCCUUUGGGUGCAUGUCGCCAAGGUACGGGACCCGAGCAACGUGACUUUGCUCGGGUACAGAGACUCCGUUGAGUCCAUGCUGCGGCGGGUGAUGGAUCUCAUUGAGCUGUGA